AUGCUGCCUACCGGGGAACCUACCUCUGGAUCCGUGCCCUUGCGCCAGGGCCACUUUCUCCUGGAGCCGGAGCCUCCGCCGGCGGCGGUACCUGCUGCCAACGCGAACACCUCUAAUACAGGUGACACUAGAUUUGAUGCAUCACAGUAUGCUUUUUUUGGCAACAAUGUGCUGGAGGACAUUGAACUAGGUGGAUUCGAAGAUGAUAACGACAGUAAUGCUGCUUUCACUGGACUCGAUGAUUUAGAGCGCCCACGUUCUUCUCAAGAGAUUGCACUAGAGGCUGAAGAUAGUUCAUUCUCAGAUCUUGAUGAUCUUGCAAAUACAUUCUCAAAGCUAAGAAGAGAUGUUAACCUACCAAAGCAUAUUGGGGUAAAUAACCUUGGGACUUCUUUUUCAAGAGAAAGUUCUGCUGCUGCUGACUGGGCUCCAGAAUUUGAAUCCCCACUCUGGCCUGAUCAGUACGUGCAAGGUGCUAAGCAAGGACCAAAUGGCAAUGGCUGGUGGCCUCCACAGCACCAUUCUUCUCUCCUUGCUGAUUCCAGAUUGCACAGAACAUCCUCAUCCCCUCAGCAACAGGAACAACACAAUCAUAACGAACCUGUUCUUGGACCAAGGCCAUCUCUUUUGCACCGUACAUCCUCAUACCCACAAAAGGAGCCUCAGUACAAUCCUGCUGAAGUCAUUCCUGCUCCAAAUGCACCAUACAUGUCAAACCAUCCACCUGGUGGUCCACCCAAUUCAGUGCCUCGACAACCACAUCAGAUGAACAUGCCACCUUUCAAUGAAUUUCAGAUGCAUAUGUCUGCACAAAGUGAUGCCCCAUUCUCCCAGUUUCCUCGUGGAGGGACACCUCCAGAGCCAUUGUUUGGUGGAAACCAGGCCCAUAUGAUUUCAACAGGCUUCUCAACUAACAGCAGUGGACAACAAGGUCAUCUGCUGAAUAAUGGGCAGUUUCAUGGGGAAACUGCCAGCAACAUGCCAAAUUUGCUGCCAAACCAUCUACAACGUCCGAAUACAUUCAUGCCCCAUCAAAUGCUGACAAUACGCCAACAGCAUGGCAUGCUCCCAAUUCAGCAAUCUUCACAGCAGUCAUCAAGAACACAGGCACACAUGUUUGGCCCCCAGCAUCCACCACAAAUGAUGAAUAGGUUUGAUAAUUUUGGGAUGCCUGAGUUCAGUGAUCCAAGAACAAGAUCAUCAAUGCACCAUGGAAGGCAAGGUCACCAUUUUCCUCUCCAAGGCUCUGAGUUUGGUAUUAUGAAGAUGGGUAAUGGGAGGUCAAGGUUUAGAUCCAAGUAUAUGUCCACUGAAGAACUUGAAAACAUUUUAAGAAUACAGCAUGCCGCCACUCACAUAAAUGAUCCAUACAUCGAUGAUUAUUACCAUCAAGCUUGUCUGGCCAGCAGAUAUGUGGAUGGAAGGUCGAAGCAUCGCUUCUACCCAACCUUGAUUCGGGAUCCAUCAUCAUGUGCACGGAGCAAGGAUGAGCCACAUGCAUACCUUAAGGUCGAUGCCCUUGGGAGACUGCCAUUUUCUUCCAUCCGGAGGCCACGUCCACUUCUUGAUGUUGAACCAGCUUCUGCAACUGACGAUAACUCUCUUAUUUCAAAGCCUCUUGAUCAGGAACCUCUGCUAGCUGCUAGGAUCACGAUUGAGGAUGGACUCAACCUACUACUUGAUAUAGAUGAUAUUGAUCGCUUGCUUCAAUUUAGCCAGCAGCAAGAUGGUGGUUUACAACUUAAAAACAGAAGGCAAUCUCUCCUUGGUCAGCUGGCAGAAUCACUGCAGUUGGUUGAUCCACUAGGUCCAAAUAAAAACACACAUUUGUCUGCAAAUGAUGAUUUGGUAUUUCUUCGCAUUGUUUCUCUACCCAAGGGCCGGAAACUACUUUCACGCUAUAUCAACCUCAUGGUACCUGGUAGCGAUCUUGCAAGGAUAGUUUGCAUGGCAGUAUUCCGGCAUCUGAGGUUUGUGUUUGGAAAUUUACCGUCUGAUGAUGGUUCAGCUGAGACAGUAACUAAACUAGCUAGUGCUGUAGCUGCAUGCAUUCGUGGGAUGGACUUAAGUGGGCUCAGUGCUUGUCUUGCAGCAAUUGUGUGCUCGUCUGAGCGUCCACCUCUUCGACCCCUUGGAUAUGCUGCUGGUGAUGGUGCCACUGUCAUCAUAAAGUCUGUCCUGGAUAGAGCAACAGAGCUUCUCACUGAGCAGCCUGCUGCACCAGACUAUAGCGCUCCAAACCGAGCCCUAUGGCAAGCAUCGUUUAAUGCUUUCUUUGGGCUGCUUACUAAGUAUUGUGUGAGUAAAUUUGACAGCAUGGUUCAUACUAUGCACAAGCACCCUGCUGCUGCAACAGCGAUACGCAAGGAACUUCCAGUUGAGCUUCUGCGUGCCAGUCUUCCUCACACAGAUGAGCAACAGCGCAGACUAUUGCUUGAGUUCGCCCAGCGUACUGUGCCUGUCGCUGGCCAUAGUUCUGACGGGUGA